CUCCCUUCUCCCUUUCACCUCCCUCCAUCGAAUUUUCCUCAUCUCCUUUAUUCCCAGGGGGCGUUCUUUGUCUCUGAUUCUACCCGAUUUCUCUGGACCUGCUUCCAAAUCCUUCCUUUCAACGGCUCUUGCCGCCCUUUUCGAAGUCAGAUUUUUCUCCGCAUCCGGAACUUAAGCUGUCGCGCUCCGACCAGCACGCAUUUUUUCUUCUUUCACACCUUCAUCCACUUCUUUCAUCUAUCAUUCUGUGAAUUUCUUCGCCAUGGCCUCUGCCGAUUACGAUCGUGAGAAUGGUCGCUACGACGACGAGCCACGUUUCGCGCGCCGCUCUGCAUCUCCUCGCGACGAUUUACGAGGCGACCGUGAGCGUAGCCGUUCUCCGAAUGGUCGUGUUGAUGAGAGACCCCCUGUCGAUGCUCACAAGCCCUCAGAUGACGACGGAGCUGUGAACACUGGCUCUAACCUCUUCGUUACCGGUAUUCAUCGUCGCUUAACGGAGGCCGAUAUUUCGCGGCUCUUCGAGAAGUAUGGUGACGUCGAGAGCUGCUCGAUCAUGGUAGAUCCUCACACCAAGGAAUCCCGUGGCUUUGGAUUCGUUAAAAUGGUGACGGCCGAACAAGCCGAUGCAGCCAAGGAGGGCUUGCAGGGCGAGGUUAUUGAAGGUCUUACUUUGAGCAUUGAGAAGGCUCGCCGUAGCCGUCCUAGAACCCCAACUCCAGGCAAAUACUUUGGACCGCCAAAGCGAGAAGCGCGUGGCCCGCCUCGUGGCAGAGGUGACCGCUACGACGACCGACGCUACGGAGGUAGCUGGCGGCGCAAUGAUGACUACCGGUCCGGUCGCUAUGAUUCUUACAGUGACCGUAGCCGUGAUUAUGGCCGUGACUAUGGUCGUCGUGACUACCGUGAUGACUACGGUUACCGCGGUAUCGACCGCUAUGCUUCCACUGGCCGCGAAGAACGCCGUGGCGAGCGUGACGAUCGCCGGGGUUACUACGACCGUGAUGCUAACCCUCCUAGUUACGAUGCACGCGAGGCAUAUUCUGCUGGCCGCUCCUACGAACCUCGUGCGCAUGACAGGUAUGCUAGGUGAGGUAAUGUCGGCAGUCGGUUCUCAACCUCUUAAGAGACAAGCCGCACGAUUUUCCUUUUCCCGUUUUCCAAUGUUGUAAUUUUUUAACCCCGCUUUACCUCUGUCCAUUUUUCUUUCUGCCUUCUUCAAUGUUUUCUUAUCUU